ACUUUGCCUCAGCCGUGAAGGGCUGAUGUUUUAAGCCGGUGAUGGACACAUCCGCUAUCCAAUAGACAUUAUCCUUUUGCAGUUGUGUCCAAUGGGCUGGGAGAUUAGGUGGAGCCCUUCGUUUACUGUGUGAGGGCUAUCUAGGCCGGGUGUUUGUUGUCAUCAAGAUGGAGUUUCUUCUGGGGAACCCGUACAGCACCCCUGUGGGGCAAUGCAUUGAGAAAGCUACAGACGGCUCCCUGCAGAGUGAGGACUGGACACUCAACAUGGAAAUCUGUGACAUUAUUAAUGAGACAGAAGAAGGUCCAAAAGAUGCCAUCAGAGCCCUGAAGAAGAGGCUGAAUGGGAAUAGGAAUUACAGAGAAGUGAUGCUCGCACUCACAGUUUUAGAGACUUGCGUCAAAAACUGCGGCCAUCGCUUUCACGUCCUCGUGACCCAUCGGGAUUUCAUAGACGGCAUCUUGGUGAAGAUUAUCUCCCCAAAAAACAGCCCUCCCACCAUCGUGCAGGACAAAGUGCUUGCGCUUAUCCAGGCUUGGGCGGACGCAUUUCGCAGCAGCCCUGACCUUACUGGAGUUGUACAUAUUUAUGAGGAGCUGAAGAGAAAAGGAAUAGAGUUCCCAAUGGCAGAUCUAGAUGCUUUGUCUCCCAUACACACCCCCCAGAGGAGCGUUCCUGAGGUGGAUCCUGCGACCAACAUGCAUACCUCUCAGACUCAGCAGAGGGGCAGCUUCAGCAACUUCUCCAAUUCCAAAUCCAGCCCCACUCCCCCCUACACAGCCCCAGGAGGCCCUCCAGCAAACAUGGGCGGCCCCAUCAGCGCAAACUCCGAGCAGAUUGGACGACUGAGGAGUGAGCUGGAUAUAGUGCGCGGAAACAUUAAAGUCAUGUCUGAGAUGCUCACGGAAAUGACCCCUGGUCAGGAAGAUGCCUCAGACCUUGAGCUUUUACAGGACCUAAACAGGACAUGCAGAUCCAUGCAGGAGAGGAUUGUGGAACUCAUUUCCCGAGUAUCGAAUGAGGAGGUCACUGAAGAGCUGCUUCACGUGAAUGAUGAUUUAAAUAACGUCUUUCUUCGAUAUGAGAGGUUUGAACGGUACAGGUCGGGCCGCUCUGCACAGAACACUAAUGGGGUGCUGAGUGAAGUCACGGAGGAUAACCUGAUUGACCUCGGCCCUGGAUCGCCUGCAGUCGUCAGCCCCAUGUUGGCAAAUACGGCUCCAUCAAACCUGAGCUCACAGCUGGGCGGCCUGGAUAUGGGAUCAAACAGCGUCAGCUCAACUCUCAGCGCUCUGCCCACCACCAAACCGCAGGAUGACUUUGAUAUGUUUGCACACACCAGAACCAACUCUCUGGCCGAUCAGCGGAAAAACGUGACGUACGAGGACCCACAGGCUCUGGGGGGAUUGGCCUCCGCUCUUGAUGUCCGGAAGCAGAACAUCGGAGGGAGGAGAUUUAGAGGUGGAAAGCCAGAUAUGGAGCCCAUAGACACGUGGCUUAUCAGCCAAGGAAUGAUUCCAGUCUCCCAGCCCACUGACAUGGAUGAUAUAGAGGAGUGGCUCAGUAAAGACGUGAAGGGAGAUGAACUGGAGGAAGGAGUGACGAGCGAAGAAUUUGACAAGUUUUUAGAAGAGCGAGCCAAAGCCGCAGAAAGGGUGCCAGAUCUGCCAUCCCCCCCCACUGGAGAGCCGGCUCCGCCCACGAAUCCCGCCGGAAGGAAGAAGCAGGAUCGCUCCGAGGACACGCUCUUUGCUCUGUAAAUAGGCCCCUGCCUCUCUGUACAGCAUUCAUCACAUUCCCCCGGCCACCAUGCACUGCCGCCACCA